AGAUAUAUACCAUCUGUGUUACAGGGUUACAAGUAUUAGUACACCAGAGAUAUACACCAUCUGUGUUACAAGGUUACAGGUAUUAUUACACCAGAGAUAUAUACACCAUCUGUGUUACAAGGUUACAAGUAUUAUUACACCAGAGAUAUACACCAUCUGUAUUACAGGGUUACAUGCAUUAUUACACCAGAGAUAUGUACCAUCUUUGUUACAGGGUUACAAGUAAUAUUACACCAGAGAUAUGUACCAUCUGUGUUACAGGUUUACAAGUAUUAUUACACCAGAGAUAUGUACCAUCUGUGUUACAGGGUUACAAGUAUUAUUACACCAGAGAUAUAUACCAUCUGUGUUACAGGGUUACAAGUAUUAUUACACCAGAGAUAUAUACCAUCUGUGUUACAAGGUUACAAGUAUUAUUACCCCAGAGAUAUACACCAUCUGUGUUACAGGGUUACAAAUAUUAUUACACCAGAGAUAUACACCAUCUAUGUUACAGGGUUACAAGUAUUAUUACACCAGAAAUAUAUACCAUCUGUGUUACAAGGUUACAAGUAUCAUUACACCAGAGAUAUAUACCAUCUGUGUUACAAGGUUACAAGUAUCAUUACACCAGAGAUAUAUACCAUCUGUGUUACAGGGUUACAAGUAUUAUUAUACCAGAGAUAUACACCAUCUGUAUUACAAGGUUACAAGUAUUAUUACACCAGAGGUAUAUACACCAUCUGUGUUACAAGGUUACAAGUAUUAUUACACCAGAGAUAUACACCAUCUAUGUUACAGGGUUACAAGUAUUAUUACACCAGAAAUAUAUACCAUCUGUGUUACAAGGUUACAAGUAUCAUUACACCAGAGAUAUACACCAUCUGUGUUACAAGGUUACAAGUAUUAUUACACCAGAGAUAUGUACCAUCUGUGUUACAGGGUUACAAGUAUUAUUACACCAGAGAUAUACACCAUCUGUGUUACAGGGUUACAAGUAUUAUUACACCAGAUAUAUUCACCAUAUGUGUAACAAGGUUACAAGAAUUAUUACACCAGAGAUAUGUACCAUCUGUGUUACAGGGUUACAAGUAUUAUUACACCAGAGAUAUGUAUCAUCCGUGUUACAGGGUUACAAGUAUUAUUACACCAGAGAUAUACACCAUCUGUGUUACAAGGUUACAAGUAUUAUUACACCAGAGAUAUGUACCAUCUGUGUUACAGGGUUACAAGUAUUAUUACACCAGAGAUAUGUACCAUCUGUGUUACAGGGUUACAAGUAUUAUUUCACCAGAGAUAUGUACCAUCUGUGUUACAGGGUUACAAGUAUUAUUACACCAGAGAUAUAUACCAUCUGUGUUACAAGGUUACAAGUAUUAUUACACCAGAGAUAUACACCAUCUGUGUUACAGGGUUACAAGUAUUAUCACACCAGAGAUAUUUACCAUCUGUGUUACACAGUUAAAAUACCUAUCUGCCCCCAUAAAAUAACCAUCUACAAUCUACUGUAGCCAUAAAAUACCUAUCUGCCCACAUAAAAUACCUAUCUACCCCCAUUAAAUAACCAUUUACCCCAUAUACUGUAGCCAUUAAAUACCUAUCUGCCCCCAUAAAAUACCUAUCUACCCCCAUAAAAUAUCCAUCUACCCUAUACCGUAGCCAUAAAAUACCUAUCUGCCCACAUAAAAUACCUAUCUACCCCCUUUAAAUAUCCAUUUACCCCAUAUACUGUAGCCAUAAAGUACCUAUCUAACCCCAUUAAAUAUCCUUUUACCCCAUAUACUGUAGCCAUAAAAUACCUACUUGCCCCCAUAAGAUACCUAUCUUCCCCCCAUAAAAUAUCCAUCUACCCUAUACUGUAGCCAUAAAAUACCUAUCAGCCCCCAUAAAAUAUCCAUCUACCCCAUAUACUGUAGCCAUAAAGUACCUAUCUACCCCCAUUAAAUAACCAUCUACCCCAUAUACUGUAGCCAUAGAGUACCUAUCUACCCCCAUUA